AGAUUCUUGUUCCUUAAUUUCUUCUUCGUCCUAUAUGGUAUCAGAGCUGCCGCCGCCGGAGUCAAAUCCUCCGCUGUCGCCGUUAGUUGUGAAUCCUAUUUAUGCUCUAAGUCCGACCGAUAAUCCUGGAACCAAGAUCACCCAUGUUGUCCUCGUAGGAUCAAAUUAUGAGGAGUGAGCUAAAGGAUUCAGGAUAUCUUUGCGUGCUAAACGCAAACUUGUUUUCGUUGAUGGCUCGUUGAAAGAACCGGAUGCUAAUUCUCCCGACCUCGAUCACUGGUGGACGGCGAAUUCAAUGAUCGUAGCCUGGAUUUUUAACACCAUCGAUCCGUCACUUCGGUCUAGCAUCUCCUACCGUGAUUCUGCUCGAGAUCUACGGGAAGACAUACGGCAACGUUUCUCUGUUGGAAACGGGGUCAAAAUUUAUCAAUUGAAGUGCGAAUUGACUGACUGCAAACAAAGAAGCGGUGAAUCGAUUAUGACUUAUUUUAAUCGGUUGAAGAAAUUGUGGGACGAUGUGAACGAUUAUGAUGCUCUGCCAUCAUGUUCCUGUAAUGGUUGCCGGUGCGGAAUAACUGUGGCGCUGCUGAAGAGGAGAGCAGACAACCAAGUGCGGGAAUUCUUGAUGGGUCUUGGUCUUGAACCUUAUUAUGCUGCUGUUCGGUCAAAUCUGCUUGGGCGUGACACGCUGCCUUCCCUGAACCUGGUUUAUUCCAGAUUAAUCCAAGAAGAAGAAGUCCGUGCAGCUACUGUGGUGAAAACAGAAGCCACUGCACCUAUGACUUUUGCUGUGCGUGGCCCUGUUUCUAAUACUGCAGGACGUGGUGCAGGGGGGGCUGGACGUGGAGGCAGGUCACCUUUGCUAUGUACACACACUAGUAGAAAAAUGGUCUAUAGUGACACUAAAUUAGUGUCACUAAAAGUUUUAGUGACACCAUAAAAGUGUCAACGAAUGGUUGGAACUCUGACACUAAAAAAUGUGUCACUAAAAAGUAUCAGUAAAUUGUGACACAUUAGUAUCAUAAAAUAUAGUGAUACAUUUGUAUUGGUAUACUUAAUGACACUUUGAUAUCAUAUAAAUUAGUGAUAUAACUAAUGUUAC